GGCUCUCCAGGGAAUCCUCCCGCUCUGGUUGUGACCAUGGGAAAGAGAGUGGCUGUCGUGCUGGCUGGCUGUGGGGUGUACGACGGGAGUGAGAUCCAUGAGUCUUCUGCUGUGCUGGUGCAUCUCAGCAGGGAGGGGGCACAGGCAGAGGUUUAUGCUCCUGAUGUUGACCAGAUGCAUGUGGUGGACCACGUGAAAGGACAGCCAACUCAGGAGAAGCGCAACGUGCUAGUUGAAAGUGCCAGAAUAGCCAGAGGCAACAUCAAGGAUCUAGCUAAGCUGGAUGUCAAGGGGCUGGAUGCCCUAAUCAUACCAGGUGGCUUUGGAGUGGCUAAAAACCUGAGUACUUGGGCCACCCAAGGCAAGAACUGCAUCAUCUCCAAAGAGGUGGAGGACGUCCUGAAGGCAUUCCACGCUGCCAAAAAGCCCAUUGGCCUGUGCUGCAUUUCCCCAGUGCUGGCAGCCAAAAUCUUCCCAGGUUGCGAGCUGACUGUGGGUCAUGACACAGAGUGUGAGAAAUGGCCUUAUGCAAAGACUGCUGAGACCAUGAAGGAGCUUGGUUGCAAGCAUGUGAACAAACACGUCACUGAAAUUCACGUGGAUGUGAAGAACAAGCUGGUGACCACCAGCGCCUUCAUGUGCAAUGCCCCCAUUCAUGAGAUCUACGAUGGCAUCGGAAACAUGGUCAGAGAAGUGGUCAGACUUGCCUGAAUGCCACAAAGCCA